CAUUUAUUGCCUCUAUAUGUUCUUGAUAAUUGCUUCUUGAUAGCAUGGAGAAAGCUUAUGACAAACAAGACCUCAAUCGAUUUUUUAAUGGUAUAAAGAGUAAAUAUGUGAUUCCAAGAACAAAUACAAACGUCCUUGGUAAAGUGACAUGUAGAAAUGGAUUGGAAUACAUCGAGAAACCUUACAGCAAUAGUGCAGAUGUAAAAUGUACCCGAAACCAUUCUCGGUUAUCCCGGCAGCGUAAGUACUGGAGUUGUGGCCACUACUCAUCUGUCACUAAUCCUUACAGAAAUCUGGGGGAAAUAGUCCUUGACCCCAAAAAACUAACUUUGAGACACUUCAAUUCGCAAAUGGGGGAGAAGGAUGAUCAAGACCUUGCUUCAUCACACCUCACCAAAUGGAAAAACGCCACUAAAGUGGUUUUUCCUAUCGUCAGAAUGACUGCAGGGGAUGCGCACAUUAAUGGAGAAUAUGAUAGUCUAGAACAAGAGUUGCCUCCUGUAGAACAAAAGCAGAAUCGACGGAGGAGACAGGAAUUUGUUGUCCACCAAGGGAACUGGCCCAAGAUACAAUCUACAGGUUUCCAACAACUGUCUGCUGCUGUAGACAAGACGAACAAACGAGUCUCUGGUACCAGGGGUACUAAUCCUUACUUUGAAGUGGUGGACACUGACUACGAUAUUGGGCUUGAAGACACGCCGGAAAGUGGAUUAAUCGAGGAUUCUUCAAUAACACAACCCGUCGCUAUAGACAUUUACAAAAAGGAGCGCACGAUAAAACGACUUGAAGCUUUUAUCUACGUGAUGGACGCACUCUUUAACAUCAAGACUCGAGAUCUGCGUAAUAAGCGGCAUGUGCAGCAUGAGAAAGAAUUGAUGGAGCCAAGCUAUCACCAGCUUGGAGCCAAGCUAUCACCUGAUGAUAAACCAGCCCCUGUAUUACGAGAGAAAACAUCUGCAGGAGAACAGUCUCCUCACAAAGGAUUCACGUGGAAUGAUGGUAUUCCUCCAUGGCAGAAGAUAAAACAAGAAAACGAAUUUCUCGCUGCUCCCGGUAUAGAACAAGAGAAUGUUGAACCAGAAAAUGACAUAUCUAGUCCUGAUGGGAAAGACCAGGAGUUUUUGCUAGGUUUGAGAAAAGAUUUUGUGGCCAUGCAAGAAAGAUUGGACUCGCAUCUUAACUACAGAAUCCGUCGAAUACUCAGGGACGGCCGUGAGAAGUUCAUCAGACGUUUCCACGCGCUCAAGCUGGCCCCAACACUCAGUUUAGGAAUGGUGGACGUAAGAAGAGUUGACAGGACCAGUAGGGUUGUGGAUCAGGAAAAUAACAAGAGUAGCUCCAAACAGGAAUGGUUCAUAGAAGCCUUGGAAGAUUUAGAGUUGGCUCGGUACAGUGAGGACAGCAAGAUCACCUCUCUGGUCGAGCAGUUUGAGAGAUACUCUCACUCUGACCUUCUAGAGGAAAUUAAAUCCCUUAAGGCGAAGCUGUGUUAUCUGACUAUGUCCAUGCCGGUACCCCUAGUUCUACAACCAGACUAUCAGUACGCUAUCAAAUUCAUUAUUAUGAAAUGCCUUGCUGUUCACGAAGACGUUUUCGGAAGUUGGUUCAAAAUGCGAUUCAAGAAAGGUAAACUUACUGCUAUGACGUGACAUAUCACAUCCUAAU